AGCUAGUCGGCCUUGGAAACAUGGCGUCGCACUGACAGCUGGGAGACUGUCAUUAUCUUCUCCAGCCACCGACACAGCGGCUGGCCGUUAGCGGAGCUGUCUGCGGUUCGAUUUGAGCUGUAAAAUGGGUGCACGACAGACGCAGUUCUUCGUCCUGAAAAGGCUGUCAUUGUAACGCUACCGCAAUAACGGUUUUAGUCCGGGUGUCACGCCCACUCUGCUCGGUAACGUUACAACGGUACCGUUCGGUAAGUUAGCUCCGCGUCCAGCUAAGCGAGCCAGACAGCUACAGUAGCUAGCAGCCACUGUUAGCACGACACGAGCACCCAUGUUUGGCGACGGGGACCUGCCACCACUGCAUGUUUCCUGCCUGGCUGCCGUCUGUUAGCUUGCGCCCUAUCGCCACAGGCUGCCCUGUCAAACGCCGUCGUCAGAUAAGACAGAGACGGUGACGACAGUUAUGUUAUUGUAGCCCGCUAGCAGGCUAGCUAGGGCGUUUCAGUCAUUCUGUCACUGAAUUUUUAAUGUGCGUCCCCUUUGGCAUCACUGUUGGAGGAGAGAGCGAUGGGCUCCGGGGCUGUGGAUUCGUCCCAAUGGCUUUCGGUAAAGGAGGAGACAAUCUUCCUCCACGACGGACUCAUUCGGGUCACGGAUCUCGCCGAACUGCCCAGCGAAAUUGGAGUGUCUGAGCAGGGGGACACGGAGCAAGAGAUUCUAACAUUUGAGACGAAGAACCCAGUAGAGCUAGCUGAACGUUUGCGUGCGGUCUGUGGGAACCAGAGCAAUGCGUACGCACGCCUGCUGGAGUAUCGCCUCAAUGCUCUGCGUGGCCUGUGGGGGGCGCAGCGGCAGCUGGCCCUAGAGGAGCAGCAGGAAAGAGAGGGGACCGGAGGGGCUGAUGAGGAGACCUUGGCCUUGCUUAAAAGGCAAGGUCUGCUCCAGCAACCUGAACAGGCACCCUUCACCUCCCGUGUCGGCCUGCUGCUGGUCUUCCCACUAUUGCAGUCCCAGACGCGCAGUGACCCAGCGCUCUGCGGCGUCACGGCAGAAGUACUACUAGCAUGCCUCCGUGACUGUCAGCCACUCAGCCUUAGCAAAGAACCUGGUGACUGUCUCAAUGGCCUGGAGGGGCUGCUCUGCUCCUGGCUUGAAGAUGGUGCCCACGAGCCGAGCCAACUGAAGACUCAGGCUCAGAUGCAGAUCCUCCACACGGAAAGACAGAGGGAAAACGCUGCUGCUGCACUUGUGGCUCUUGCCUGUGCCAGGGGAUCUUUGAAGACCUUUAUCCAUACAGUUCACUUGCUGCAGAAGCAAACUGAUCUGGGCCAACUCCCUGUGUCAGAUGUUUUAUACAGACUUUUACUCCUGGAAGGAGGCCCAGGCUCUCCAUCCUGCCUCUUGGGGGGCAAACAUAGUGUGUCCUGGGGUUUUGAGGACAUGCUACCUACACCUGACAAUUCUACUGGAGGAGUAGAGAGUAAAGACACUGACCUGGGACGCUGUCUAGCCACAGAUGGGCUUUAUCUGUAUACCACCAACUCCUCUGGGAGAGGACUCAGCAAGCUGGGCUCUGGUUUACAUGGGACCCUGAGGGGCUUUGUGUACUGUCGAAAUGAAGAGUUGGAGCCUGGGUGGGUGGUGUUUUGCAGCGGUCGCCUACUCCAUCGUCCCUCCUCCUUCGAUGCCAAGCCUCAUCAGUUGUGCCAGGUCGUUGAUCCCUUCACCCUCCAGGUGUGCCAGAUUGUUUCCAUGCCAGCCCAUCACUUCCCUGUGGGCAGCAGCAUGACCACUCUGCACCUCUGCUCAGAUGGAACCUAUUUGUACUGGGUCUGGUCCCCAGCUAGUCUGAAUGAAAAGACACAGAAAGGCCACUCUGUUUUUAUGGAUGUCUUUCUCUUGUCUACACAGACAGGGUUGUGCAUUGCAGACAUCUUGCAGGAGAGAGUCAUUCUUACUCGCAAGGAAGGCGAGUCUUCCAAGUGCUUGAACGAACUCCUCUUAAGUCGAAUGUCACGCUUCCGGGCCUCCCAUUCUGCCACGUUGGCUGCGCUCACAGGCUCUGCAAUCACCAACACUGUCAAAGAGGAGCAGUCUGCUGUUAACACCAGCUGCGGGCUCCCUCUAAAGACUCUGAGAAAGACCCCAAUGUAUGUUUGCGGAACAUAUUUAGUGAUGCUCGUCUCUCCUCCUGGUGUAUCUGGGAGCUCUGCCACACGCUCCCUAUUCGGAGGCACCAGCAGCCUGUCCUCUCUGAAAAUUCUAGCCUCAAGUCUUGUCUUUAACCUGGCUGAUGGUCAGUUUAGCAGCCGUGCAGACCUCAUUGAUGCUCCUGGCAGUUCUCUAGGCAGAGGGGCCCAGGUUGCAGGUUUAGGAGCAUGCUACGAUGCACUAAACAACUUGAUCUGGACCUGCUCUAGUGACUACAUCGAUCAGUGGUGUAACCCUGGGAACCAAGCCUUUCACCAUGUGUGCCAUAGGCUCGGUGUCAGCCAUGUCAUUAAAGAACCCAAAGAGGAAACUGUGGCCACUGGUGAGGUGAUCAACCAGCUACUUCACCAUGUAGGUGCUAUGUGUAUCCACCAGCUCAACCUGCUGGCAGCCAGCAGCAACAGCUUGCCUCUGGGCGCCCUGCUGGGUAAACAACAUCCCAUCGAGGCCCGUCACUUCAGCAGCAUCUGUGACAUUAUGGAAAAGGCCAUGGUCAAUGGCGAUACCUGCAUUAUUCGCUGCAUCUUGGUGGUGUUCCAGGUGGUGUUUAGGUUUUUCAAUCCUCAGUCUGAGCAGAACAGGGAGAGUGUGCGUCGUUCACAGCUGCUCUUGUGGCAGCUGCUUAUGGCUCCAGUGGAUCAGAUAGGAUCAGAGAUUCAGAAAGAGGUGUGCCUGGCCAUAAGUUCAGGCUUGAAUACGUUGUAUCAAGGAGAAGCUGAGCUUAGUAAACUGUUGAAGCUGGUUCUAACUGAAGGUGAAAGGAACAGUGGCCUGUCUCACCUUCGAGAUGUGAUCCUCACCAAUCUGGCAGAUCAGCUGCAGAAGAAUAGAUUUGGGAGUGAAGAAGAUGAUCACUAUAGAUUGAGUGAUGAGCUGCUGCAUUUUAUCCUCAAGACUGUGGUCCGGGAAUCCUGCCUCCUCAUUACCAAAUGCCAGACUGUCGCUCGAGACGACUUUCAGAAGCUGCUCUCCACUGUACCAGUGGUUUCACCUAGUCUGCGCUACCUCAUGGCUGUUCAGAACCACCUCCUUAGUAACACCAUUUUAAUCCGUCCGGAUGAUAAUGAUGACAGUGACAGCUCCCUACAAGGGGAAACAAUGAAGGUACAGGAGCUGCAAAGCAGCAUCCUAUCUCUGGCAACUAAGAUCCUUGUGGGUUGUGAUGAAGUAUUAGAGACCCUACAGCAGGUGACCACAGCUCUGAUUAACAGUGACAUUGCUGACAGAGAAACCAGGUUGAAAGGCCUGGAGCAGGUAACCAAGGCCACCAUGCUUGGGCACCUGCUGCCAGUCUUGCUCACCUCUCUAAUGCACCCUAAUCUACAGACCCUCACCCUCGCUGAUGCUCUCAUGCCUCAGUUAGUGCAGCUUGUCCUCUACACCAGCCAGACUGCCCUUUUACUUAAGACUCUGUGUCCACUUUUCACGGACGAGCCUGUAGGUGGCUCUCUUGGGCAGGGGGUGAAGACAUGUGCUAGUGAUGAUAAAAUUCUUGAUGAGCGUGAGGAGCCUGGUUUUCUAACUGGACUAAAGAUCCCUGCUCCAUGGGCUGCUGGGAAGACAGUGGAGACGGUGCAUCCUGUGAGGGACAAUUACAAGUUCAAGGAGACAGUGCACAUCCCAGGAGCACGUUGCCUGUACCUUCGCUUUGAUUCCCGCUGCUCCUCACAGUAUGACUAUGACAAGUUGGUUAUCUAUGCUGGUCCUAAUACCAACAGUCGUAAAGUAACAGAGUAUGGAGGGAACACUCUGGGAUAUGGCAGUCGCAGUGUCUUGGGGACCGGUUGGCCCAAAGACCUUGUCAAGGUUGAAGGAGACACUGUGACAUUUUCCUUUGAGAUGAGAAGUGGACGUGAGCACAACACCCCCGAUAAGGCCAUGUGGGGUUUCUCCUGUACUGUGAGAGCUCAGGAGUCAUCUGAGGAUGUCUCUGGGGGCCUGCCCUUCUUGGCGGAUCUUGCACUGGGUCUGUCAGUCCUGGCCUGCUCAAUGCUCCGCAUUCUAUAUAAUGGGCCAGAGAUUACAAAAGAAGAGGAGGCUUGCCAUGACUUGCUCUGCUCAAAGCUGCUGCAAAGGUGUCAGUGGCAGGUUGAAGCAAAUGGUGCCAUCUCUCCUGCCCUCACACCCAGUCCUUCACCUCUACCACUCACUAUUGAGGAGGAUCGGGAGUUCACCUACCCCUCUGAUGUGCUCGUUCCACCCCCAGGCCUCAUGCCAGGAACCUACUUUGACUUGCCCCGUAUCCGGCUCCCGCCUGGAGUCAUGGGUAGGCUAAGAGAGGUAUCUGGAAGGGCUCGACCCCAGUUUCGUCCUAGCAUCAAGGAGGUGAUCAGACCAGAUGUUAUGGAGGAGGUUAUAGUAUCUUGCGUCAUAAAACAUCUAGGCCUAGUGGAUGCCCUGCAGUCACUUGUCAACUACCAGUACCGUGAGGAUCAUGCAGAGGAGUAUGACCUGGUCUGUAAGAUCAUGGCUGAGACUUUUAAAAAGAUCAAUGCAAUGGAGCGUCAACUGCAGAGUGUAGCAGAAUUGGAACAGAAGUGGCAGAAUGAGGUAGAAGAAUCCCAGCAGGGAAAGCUGGAGGACAACACUCCUUUCUUUCACGAUUACCACUUCUUUGAGAACAAAAUUAAGGAGCUGGAACUACUCUGCUCUCUGAAGGAAGUCCCACUUGAUUUUAGCGACUUGGAAAAUGUUGUUCUUGCACUGAGAGAAAGGUUCUUUCAGGAGGUAAACACUACACACAGGAGUAGCACUUCACUGGCUAAAACGAAGGCACUUGUGAAAAGUCUGAUGAACCGCACUGAGCUGCUGCUCCACGUUACCAUUGCUCCACACUGCAGAAGCCUAACCACCACACCUGCUGGUACACCAGGCCCAGCCUCCAAGUCUGUCUCAGAUGCCAAGACAGUGAUGCCUGUGGUGAAGCAGCCAGUUUUUCUACGAAGCAUGUCCGCACCCUCAGACUUGGAGAUGAUUGCUAACCAAGACUUAGAGUUUACACAUGCUUCCCAAAGGAGGCGACACCACCCCACCAGUCAUCGUAGCAGCUCAUUUACCCUGCUGCAGUCUCUGGCCAUAGAGGACAGCCGUGACAAACCAACAUACAGUGUGCUGCUGGGACAACUCUUUGCCUUUAUUGGAACAACACCUGAUCAGGCUGUGUCAAGCAGCAGUUUCCUGUCUGCUGCGCAGACGCGUUGGAGACGUGGCAGAACGCGGAAGCAAGCACUUGUUCAUAUGAGGGAGUUGCUCACUGCUGCUGUUAGAGUGGGUGGGGUAACCCAUCUGGUGGGUCCUGUCACUAUGGUACUGCAGGGUGGCCCAAGGAUUGAGGAGCUGACCUGUGGUGGAAUGGUGGAGCAGGUGCAGGAGGCCUUUGGGGAGACCAUGACAUCUGUAGUAUCACUGUGUGCUCGAUAUCCCAUUGCUUGUGCCAACAGUAUUGGCUUGCUUUGCACAAUCCCCUACACCAGGAGUGAGGAGCAGUGCCUAGUCCGGAGUGGCCUGGUCCAGCUUAUGGACAGCUUGUGUAGUUUAAGUGGUCAGAGGGACUGUAGCUCGAAUGAGAAGCAGACCAAAAAGCAGAAGGUGGCCACAAUGGCCUGGGCUGCUUUCCAGGUUUUGGCCAACCGGUGCAUUGAGUGGGAGAAAGUAGAAGGUGGGUCUACAGAUGCGGUGCACUCUGGUCUGGCACGGCAAGUGUCCAGCCUGCUGACCAAUCACCUGGCUAGGGCCACAGAUUGCUGUGGCAAUCAGGCAGCUGGGAAUGAUGCCUUACAAGAUGUGCUCAGUCUUCUCAAUGACCUUUCCAGGAGCCACAUUGGAAAAGCAAUCCUGAGCCAGCCUGCAUGUGUAUCCAAGCUCUUGUCCCUGCUGCUUGAUCAGAGGCCCUCUCCAAAGUUGGUGCUUAUCAUCCUUCAGCUGUGCCGCGCUGCCCUGCCUCUCAUGAGUGUGGAGGACUGUGGUAAUGUGGCCCUGCCCUCGUGGAGCUAUUCUAUUAACACGCUAGAUGCCGAGCAACAAGAUGCAAGUGACCCUGCCUCACGUAUUGCAGCCUUGCUACUAGCCAAGCUGGCGGACUAUGUAGUACCAGGAUGCCAGACCCUGCUUUCCCCCAGCUCCUCUGAACCAGACACUAGUCUGUCCCAAGCCAGUUCCAAAGGAGCUCUGAAGUCUGACGAUGUUGGGGAUGAGGGAGAGGCCAUUGAUGGCAAACUAUCCAUCUUUAUCCACAAGCGAGAGGACCAGUCUUCCCAUGAGGUUCUUCAACCACUUCUCAGCAGCUCAGAAGGUCGUCCCUUUCGGCUUGGCACUGGCGCAAACAUGGAAAAGGUGGUGAAGAUGGAUAGAGACAUGACCAAGACUGGAAGCUGUGAGGUGAUCACAGAGGAGGCAUCUGCUGCUUUGAGGAAGGCCAACAAGUGGGCUCAGUCUGGACUGAUAGUGAGUGUGGGUCCUCCUGUGGAGGCUGUGGCCCAGGAAACUGCUGGAGGCAUCACCACUGGUGACAAGAAGAAAACUGCUCAGACGGCUGUUUGUCGGGACAGGAAUGCAGAUUUGGCCAGGUCGGACCCUGUCAGGCCUUUCAUCAGUGGACAUGUUGCCAAUAGUAUGGCUGCUGAAGUUAUCGCUCUGCUGCACAGUCUACUCACUGCUCCUGAGUCUAACACUGCUCAGAUCUGGACAACUACUGCAGAAAAAGUUCUCUCUCGGGCACUAAUGUUUAUCCCUCAACUGGGGAAAUAUGCUGAAAGUAUUUUGGAGAAUGGCAGCAGCAGUGGCAGGAAACUUGCCAAGCUGCAGGCCAUAGGCAGACAGGCUGUUGCUGCACUCUGUGCCCUCGGUGGCUUCAAAGAAACUAUAAAAAUUGGCUCUGAGGUGCAGGUUGUAGGUAAAGGAGUGCUGGGCAGUGCGGGCAUAGUCAUGUCCAUAAAUGAGCAGAAAGGUAUAGCUACUGUCAAGUUUCCUUCUUGUGAGUACAGGAAAACUUGCAAGGCCUCAGACAUCCUAACAGUACCUAUAUCACGCCUCUGCACACCCAGAUCUGAGGCCCUCCCCCUGUAUAAGCUCUCAAUCACAGAGAAGGUGGUACAAGCAGUGCAGUCCAUGCUUCUGCCACAGGAGGGCAGCCUCUCCAUUCACACAUCUCUACCAGCUACAGGGGAUGGCUCCAGCCCAGUAAUGGCUGCAGUGCGUUUGUUGGCCGAAAUCAGGACCAGGGCCUGUCUGGUGAUGGCACAGCUCUUGGAGGAUAGUUCCUUCUGUGAAGAGUUCAUUCAACAGUGCCCUGCUGCCGUAGAGGUUCUCAACUUGGUUGCCCAGGAAUGCAGCCCAGGAGAGCGUCUAGGCAUGGUUGAGUCUCAAUGUGAAAGAGUUAGAAUGCUGUACCGUGACUGUGCUCGGCCGCCUCCUCCACCACUGCAGACAGACAGACGUCAGCCCAAGGAGAUCACUUGGUGCCCAUCCAGAGUGUUCCCUCCAGUUCGUGCCUGCAUGUUCUCAUCCCGUCUGACCUCUGUCACCUUUUUGGCUGAUCCAAGUGCUGGAGGAGGGUUGCCCAGAGGCACCUUUAUCUAUGCCACAUGUCCCGUACCAGUUCAGGCUCCAUCCUUUUACUGGGAGAUAGAAAUUGUCUCCUAUGGAGACUCUGAGGAGGACAGUGGCCCAAUUGUGUCCUUUGGUUUUGCCACUGAGGCAGAAAAGAGAGACGGAGCCUGGACCAACCCUGUUGGCACAUGUCUGUUUCAUAAUAAUGGUAGAGCAGUGCACUACAAUGGCUCCAGCCUGCUGCAGUGGAAGAGUGUCAGGCUAGAUGUGGCUCUACUUCCCGGUGACGUAGCUGGAAUAGGAUGGGAGCGUUCUGAAGGCACUCCUCCACCUCCUGGUCAGGCCCCUAAAGGCAGGGUCUACUUUACCUACUGUGGGCAGCGGCUGAACCCCAUUCUUGAAGAUGUAGCAGGUGGAAUGUGGCCCCUGGUACAUAUUCAAAAGAAGAACUCAAAGAUUCGUGCCAACUUCGGAAACCGACCCUUUGCAUAUGCGGAAGGCCAGGCUCACAGAAAUGCUGCUGAUUUAUGUGUGGACCUUGCAGAGGAAAUAAGCGCAAACUUUGAAGCGCUGCCCUUUGCUAUGGCCUCAGACAGUGAUAAUGAUGCAGGUGCAAGUGUCACUUCAGACUCUGGCUCCCAUGGACCUCCUUGUCGGAUUGCAGCUGUUGCAGUUGCCCAGCAACAGUACAACAGUGACCUGUCUUGCCAUUACAAGGUUGAGCUGAGUUACGAAAAUCUGGUUACCUCUGGGCCUGACCCACAUCCUCCACCAAUUGCAGAUGAUGAGACUGAUGAUGAAGAUGAUGAUGAUGUUCCAAGGGAGGAUCACUAUGCCCUGCUAGUCAAAGCCUGGGAGACCAAAGUGUUUCCUACUAUUCGUAGGCGGUUCCGUAAUGAGGCUGAGAGGAAAUCUGGCUUGGACCAAAUCAAAGGAGCACUGCAGCUGGGCAUGGUUGAUAUUGCAAGACAAACCGUGGAGUUCCUGUAUGAGGAGAACGGUGGCAUUCCUCGAGACCUCUACCUCCCCACGAUUGAGGAUAUCAAGGAUGAGGCCAACAAGUUCACCAUUGACAAAGUUCGCAAAGGCUUGACUGUGGUCAUCCGCUCUCCUGACAGCAACAAUACCAAUAGCACUACGGGAGGAACUGCACUGCCGAAGUUUGCAAUCCGGGGAAUGUUGAAGACUUUUGGUUUGCAUGGGGUAGUGUUGGAUGUGGAUUCUGUGAACGAACUUGUACAAGUUGAAACCUACCUGCGCAGUGAAGGAGUGCUGGUGAGGUACUGGUACCCUAUUGAGAUGCUUGAACGCCCCCCUGCUGGAUCUCGACGCACUGCAGCCAACGGCUUAGUCUCGCUAGACAGCAGCAACAUCCAGAUCCACAGGGAACUGCUUCGCUGUGAGAGUGCGCUGGCUCGGUUAUACUGCCGCAUGGCUUUACUCAACAUCUAUGCCCCCAAGAAUCCCCACACCUUCACUCGUCUAUUCCACAUACCUGCUAUUCGUGACAUCACCUUGGAACAUCUGCAGCUUCUGUCUAAUCAACUAUUAGCCCCACCCCUCCCCGAUGGCACUAUUAGCUCUAGUUCUAUCCUGCUGGCCCAGUCAGUGCUUCAUAACCUCCAGGGUCAAAGCUGUUCCCCUACAGACCUUUUCUAUCAGGGCAAUGCUCAGCCUAUUUGGGAAUGGUUGACAGUGGCCAUUACCCGUGCUUUGCAUCAAGGAGAGGACAGCUUACUGGAGCUGACGAAGCAGAUCUGCUGCUUCCUACAGAAUGCACCAGAGCAGUUUACAUCUGAGGAGUUUCCUGUGACUGAGUCAAAGGUUAGCAUGGAUGUCAGCUUCCCAGGUGCUGCAUUUGUGAUUGUAUCCUGCAAGGAGAGCCAGCUAGGCUGCCGCAAAGACUCCAGUCUGUACAAGGCUCCAUGGUCUCGUGUCAUGGUAUAUGGUCUGGGGCACAAAGUGCGUAGAAAUGGACAGCUAAACCUGAUGGAGGCUGUGUGCUAUCCUUUGGAUGCCUCACCUUCUAACACAGGCCUUACCCCUCCUCCCACCACAAACCAAUACCCGUCUGUUAUCAUCCCCACCGAUAAGGUGCACAUAAAAUUAGGUGUGUCGCCCCCACCUGGUGCUGUCAUGGUACUACACUCAUUGCCACUGGAGUUUCCUCUGGCCAUGGCAUUUGCUGAACAGCUGCUGACAUGGAAGCUGGGAGAGACCAAUGGACGAUCAGAGGAGGAACUGGACACAGUGCCCUCGUCUGUGCUGCUGCAGGUGGUGGAACUUCUAGGUGGUUUGCUUUGGACCACUGAUCUGGCUUCUUCCAUCAAAGAACUCAUCUUUCACUUGUUAGCUGAGCUCUUGCGGAAGAUUCACCACUUAGAGCAAAGGAAAAAUCCUGCUGGCCUUUCCAGCUCCAUUGCUCUGCUACUUAACCCCUGCCUUGCAGUGCUCAUGGCCCUGCAGACAGAACUCCGAAAGCUCUAUGACAGGGAGACGCAGGGAUGGACUGCUGGAGGGGCUGGAGCAGGGGGUUCCUCAUCUGGAGGGCUUGCUUUGGCUCUGGGGGCAGAGCACAGCAGGUUCUCCACCUACUUCCAUGCUUUGAUGGAGGUGUGCCUGGCUGUGGCUGAGGUGACACUUCCCCUUAAUGUUGGAGUCUCUUCGGUGGGGACCCUGUCCUCUACCAGCGCUCCUAACCUCAGUGACUCUUCCUCGUCCUCAUCGUCAUCCCCGGGUCAAACACCACAGAGCCCCAGUUUGCUAUCCAAACGUAAGAAAGUGAAGAUGAAGCGGGAGAGGGCAGCAGCUGCAGUGGCAGCGACGGUCACUGGGAAACGUGGGAGUGGAGGUGCACGGCUGUCAGAGAGCGACAGCGCUCUGCUGAACAUGGCGGGCAGCAAACCUGAGGACAUGCUGUGGUUCCACCGCUGCCUCACUCUUUUGAUGAUCCUGCGACAUCUUGCCAAUAAGGACCCGCAGGGCUUGAGCGUGACCAGUGAUGCAGUGGCAGAUGCCUGCCAGGCCCUUGUGGGAUCCACUGCCCACAGUCGCCUAUUAGUGCUCUCAGGUAUACCCACACACCUGGAGGAGUCGGUGGUUCGAAAUGCAAUCCGAAGGGCUUGCAACGCACAUGGAGGACUCUUCAAAGAUGAAGUCUUCAUUCCUCUACAAGAAGAAGACCCCAAGAAGUUGAAAGUUGGAACUGGGGUUUCUAGUCCACUGGAUGGCAAAGCUGUCCCUGAACCCGAGCGCCCAUUCCCCAACAGCACAGGCCCUGAAAGUCCCGACAGCUCCAGCAGCGUGACUCCAGCCAUGAGUGUGAGCGCUUCAGCUUCUACCAGCCAGACGUCUAUCUGUAGCUCCUCUCAGGGAGUCUCUCGAACUGCCAGUGAACUGUCUGUUGACCAGGACCUGUUAGCUGUUCCACCUGUCACUCCUGCAGCUGCAGCAUCUGCUGUUACAUAUCCUCAACAGGGUCCCCAAGACCCCCAGACAGUUUCUAGUCAGGAGAGCCUGGAUACCUCACUGUGCAGCACAGGGAGUCUUGGGAGCUUGGGAAGCUUAGGUGAACCUGUCGACAAUGCAGAAACACCAUCAGUAUCAGAUGGGGGCUCUAUGCACACAGUCACCUCACUGGAGAGCAACGCAGUCAUGGCCAGGCCAAUCAAGGGCUACGCUGUCAUAGAGGUUCGAUCACGGGCCAAAGUGGAAAAAAUCCGUGCAAGUCUUUUUAACAGCAGUGACUUGAUUGGGUUAUCGAAUUUGGAAGGUGAAGAGGAGCUGAUGGAGUUGACUAAUGAGGAGAUUCUCACAGCAUCCAGUGUAAACCAAAGCCUAUUUGACACGCAGGGAAGCUCCGCUCUUGAAGACUACUUUCUGGACAAGUCAAUCAGAGGUGACAAGCUUGUACCUGGAGCGCGAGAUGUCCUCACAGAUAUUUUUAAGAGCUGCGUGCACUCGGAGCAGAUGCUCAGCCUUACGCCGGCCAAGCCAAUUAAAGUGUCUGACAUUUACCUCAGCAAAGAGCAGAUCAACUCUCAGACAUCUGGCAACCUGCUGCAUACUUUCUUUACUAAUGUUCGACCCCCCAAAAAAGUACUUGAGGACCAACUCACUCAGAUUUUACGAAAGUAUGGCACUCCCAAGCCUAAUAAGAACAAGUACAGCAAGACAGGGAAAGAGCAGCAUCAAGGCAAAGUUGUGAGCACAAAGAGGCCUAUAACCAAACCUCCUACCAAGGAAAAGUCUGUGCUAAACAGUGUCAGAACUGCGCUUAGUGAAAAAAAGACAGUCCUCAAGCCAAAAUCUCCUGAGAAAGCAAGACCUGAUGAGAAGGAUGUGGAAAAAUCUCCUGCUAAGAAAACAGAAGUCCCAGAGGAAAAGUACCUGACCCUUGAAGGUUUCCAUAAGUUUGCUGUCGACCGUGCCAAGCAGGACAUUCGCAGCGUCUGGAGGGCAAUUUUGGCUUGUGGUUUUGACCUUCACUUUGAAAGAUGCACCUGUAUAGACACUCGUCAUGCCCAGAAGGCCAGCAGGAAGUGGGGCUUGGAAAUGGACGUGGCUUUAGUGCAGUAUAUCAACAGGCUGUGCCGUCACCUGGCUAUUACACCGGCCAGACUACACCCCCACGAGGUCUACCUGGAUCCUAGUCAUGCUGCUGAUCCUCGUGUGGCCUGUCUGCUCAGCGUGCCCGUGGAGAGUCUGCGCUUGCGCUUUGCUCUGCUGCAGUCCCUCAACAACACCCUGGAGAGUUUCUUUCUGCCACUAGUGGAGCUGAGGCAGACACAUACCUAUCAGAACAGCAUUGCCUCACUCUUAUGUGAGGCCAAAGGUCUAAUCUUCUAUGACACUAAGGUGAUGGUAAUGAACAGGGUACUGAAUACCACAGCACAGCGAACAGCUGAUCAUGCUGCUCCUGAGAUCACACUGGACCCUCUAGAGAUUGUAGGAGGUGAGAUAAGAUCAUCAGAGAACACAUAUUUCUGCCAAGCAGCGCGCCAGCUGUCUUGCGUUCCUUCGUCCCAACUUUGUGUGAAGCUGGCCAGCGGAGGAGACCCGACCUACGCCUUUAAUAUCCGCUUCACUGGAGAGGAAGUCCAUGGCACAAGUGGCUCCUUCAGACACUUCCUGUGGCAGGUAUGUAAGGAGUUGCAGAGUUCUGCCCUUUCCCUGCUGCUGCCUUGUCCCAGUGCUGCAGCCAACCGCAACAAGGGGAAGUACAUCCUGACUCCGUGCCCCAUCAGCUAUGGAGAGGAACAGUUGCUGCACUUCUUUGGUCAACUACUCGGCAUAGCCAUUCGUGCAGACGUGCCACUUCCUUUGGACCUACUAGGCUCUUUUUGGAAGGGUCUGGUGGGAGAGCCCCUCGAACAAGAACAGGAUCUGCAGGAAGCUGACGUGCUCACAUAUAACUAUGUCAAAAAGUUUGAAAACGUGAAUGAUGAGACUGAGCUGGAAACCCUUUGUGCUGAGAUCUGUUCUCAGCAUCAUUCAGGAGAAAGCCCAGAUUCUCCCAGCCGACCCUGCUGCACAUUUACUUACGUCACCAUGACUGGCGACGAGGUGGAACUUUGUCAAGGAGGCCGCAGCCUCGCUGUCAGCUGGGAAAAUAAGGACGUGUAUGCACGAGCCAUACGGAGCCUUCGUCUGAGGGAGCUGCAGAACACGGAGUGCAUGACAGCAGUGCGUGCGGGACUGGGCUCGAUCAUUCCCCUGCAGCUGCUCACUAUGCUCAGCCCUGUGGAGUUGGAGCUGCGUACCUGUGGCUUGCCUUACAUCAAUCUGGAGUUCCUCAAGGCUCACACUAUGUAUCAGGUGGGGCUCAUGGAGACUGAUCAGCACAUCGAGUUCUUCUGGGCCGCCCUGGAGAUGUUUACUCAGGAAGAACUCUGCAAGUUCAUCAAGUUUGCUUGCAACCAAGAGCGUAUCCCAUUUACCUGUCCCUGCAAGGAUGGGGGCCCCGACACCGCCCAUGUUCCUCCAUACCCUAUGAAAAUUGCCCCUCCUGAUGGAGCUGCAGGUCAGCCAGACUCGCGCUACAUACGUGUGGAGACCUGUAUGUUCAUGGUGAAGCUGCCCCAGUACACCUCCUUAGACGUGAUGCUGGAGAAACUGCGAUACGCCAUCCACUACCGCGAGGACCCCCUCAGCGGCUGAGAAGACCCGACGAUGCGUGGUACACACCUGCGCCUUCCAGGACACUCGCCUUUGUUCCUUUUCACCGCUUGGUCCCUGCCAGCCCGCUUUCUCUGUCCUUCCUUUGGGGGGGGGGGGGGUUAAGGCUGCAUGCUUCUCCCUGCUUUUUUAAACCACUCCUACUGCACUGCAUUUCAUGAGUAUGUUUGAUGCAUAAUCUUUGAGAAUGUUAACCUAAGCCAGCUCUGACACUGGUGACGAGUGUCUGUUCGGAUUGCACUGAAUUUGAAGAUGCAUUGAAGUGAAACAACUGUGACAUUGUAUUUGUAUUAAUUUUUUCUCACCUUGUCUCUGGCUGAUUUUUAACAGAGGGUUUAACAAGUCAGGUUCUGUGAAUUUAACAUCUUAACUUAGACGACUUCUGAUCAGCACUUUAUCGCUGCAAGCUCAGUUUGUGAUUGCUGAACUAUGGUUUUUGCAAAAAGAGCGAGUGAACAUCGCUUUACUGUGAGGGCAGAACUCGAACGCCCCGGACGUGGGGGCGAUGCUCUGAAACAUGCCUUUUCUGUGGAGGCUCAUGCUGAAGGAAAAUCCAAAUAUUUCAAGAGGUCUGUGAGAUUUUAAGGAGGUACGACUACUAUGACAAAACAAAGACGUGAAGCAGCUAUUUUUGACCGCGUCAGCGAUGAGCAGGCAGAUGUAAACAACUGCUGUACAGGAUUUUAGUUUACUGCCUGUUUUAAAAAAAAUCUGAACUGCUAACGGACAAACUAACUAAUGCCUAUACAAGCCGUACAUACAUUUUAUGGAAGUCUCUGAAGGGAGGGUAUUUAAGUCAUGUAAAAAGUCCCAAUAAUAAUCAUUUCAGAGUUUUCUUCUUUGAUAUAGAGUAGCUGUGGUAGCAUGGUUGGUCAGGUAGACUGAACACGACAGAGGCCUGCUGCUUCUCAAUUCCUCUCAUGAUUUGUGUCAAUGGGGAGGAGGUGGUGAGUUCUCAUGAGCCGCUCUCCCACAUGGUCUGUUCUGCUGCUACUGAAUGUGCAUCAAUCCUCCUCCCCCGGCUCACAAUCGACACGCAGACACUGGGAAAGCUGGGGUGGCAGGUUAUUCUAUAAGUUCUGCCUUUAAUAGUUUUCUUUGCUGAAACACAAACGGGAUUCUGCCCUUGUGUUGUUUAUUUGCUUGACCCAUAACCAAAAUGUUUAGCAUUGGAAAAAAAAUGUAAAUACACUGAUCUUAAGUUUAAUGGCAGUUUUUAUUAAUUGCUCAUUCACUUCACCCUGUUCUUUUAGUUUUUGGUUUGCACUAAUCUUCCAAGAAAAGAUUCUAAAAAUAAGCAAACUAGACGAUGUCUGUUGGAUAUCCAGUUUGUUGUGUUGUUAUUUUUUAAGACUUUUUGGAAAUACCAGUAAUCUUAUCACGUCUGUCUUGUACUCAGAUGGAUUCAAUUUAUUCUACUCAUGGUGAAACAUGUUUUCUUGUGUGAGUAAAAUCGCCAUUUUACUUGGAUAAACACUCAAAAACACAGCGGAACCGAUGGACGCAUAUUGGAUUGUUGGAUUGCUUGCAGUUUUUGGUUCGGUUUCUUUGACGGGUGAAACGCCGCUGCUAACAGGGACGCGCUCUCCUCUUCGACCUGCUCCGCUUGGGGAGCAGGCCACAUUAUAAAAAGGACAUAUCCACGCAAAGAGGUGAAAAACGUGUGCUGUACAUUUACUUGAUAUUUAUUACAAUUAUUUAUGGUUGCAUUAACUUAACUUUUACUGUCUUACCUCUGCACAUCAGAAAACUUAACAUAUCUAAAAUGGAUUAUACAGAUGUAAAGAAUCAGAUGGCAUUUAAGAUUUGUGUCACAAUAAAGAAAUGUCUUCAUGUA